GACAUGGCUUCUGGCUUCGAUUGGAAACGAAGUUUGCAUCCCGUACAAAAGGCCAGUUGGCAAGAGUUGUGGGAAAAGGUGCAAGUGAAGAAUACCUUCCUGCACUUUGUGCACGGGAGCAUGGAAAUCAAUGAGGAGCCAGAGGAAGAGUUUCUGCUUCCCACAGCUCUGCGGCGCACCGCGUCAGACCCGGGAAAACGCGGCAUGAAGGAUGAGGUGGACACUGAAACUUCGACUGUGGCAACAUCUUCCACGGGCUCAGGCCGUGCCACACCACAGCUAGAGGAGAAGUGGAUGGUGCAUCAAGCUGGCCGAUGCCGGCCCUGUGGUUACUUCAAUGUCAAGGGAGAUCGUUGUCGCCUGGGAGACGAUUGUGAGUACUGCCAUUUCUGCACAGAGCAGGAUCUGAAGACGCGCAAGCGCAGCUUCAAACGCAAAGUUCGUUCCGAGAAGCGUGCUGCAGCGUGCAUUGCCCGGGCAGGUAGCAACCAAGCGGCCGACGAUGAGGAGGAGGAUUGGCCCAUGUUCCGUUGAGAGGAGAGCUCAAUGCGGCGCCCAAAAACAGCGGCAUGUGACCGGAGACGGCAGUUCGCGCUCCGGUGGAACCGGUGGCUGGUUGAUCAACUGUUCCUAGGUGGAUUUUCAAUGGUUUUCAAUGGUAGACUUGGUAGACCCAGCCACCUUGUGGUUGGACCCGGAUGCCUGUUGCCCCCUCACACUGUUCAAGAUGACAGAUGCGCUAGAGAUCAACGAUUCUGUGUGAUGUCACUCUUUUGCAACCGGACCCUGUGUCAUCCUAGUUGC